UUCUGAUAUAUAUGAUCACACCUUCAACAGCAACGACUGGAAAAGAAAAGUAGGUGGCUGUCACCUCCACAUAUUGUACUGCAGAAAGCUUUACUUCGUGUUGAAAUACUGAUUUUUAAGGAUGUACCAUGCUACCACGUUUUUGAAACAUAUGGAAAAGGGAAGAGGCUCAGAGGAAGGCAUGUGUGAAUGCUGUGUGGAAUGCACCUGCUGCAUCACCAACAUCGUCAGGAUGCUCCUCUGUAGCAUACACAUGUCCCGCUACCUCCGAAUCGCACUCCUCUGGAUCUAUGUUGCCACUGCCGUCCUCACCGCUGGACUUCUCAUCAGCAUCAGAGUCCUCCGCACCAACAAGUUCCAGGCAGCGCCAACAGACAUGCGCAAAGUAGAGGACCACGUGAACAACGCCUUCUGUCAGAGCCUCACUCUCAACUCCAGCGAUCCUUUCGAAGCCUACACGUUUGAUGGAGAACCGGUGGUUGAUCCCAGCAAGUUCGAACAGUUCAAUACAUCAUAUUACAGUUUUAUGAUGGGACGUACAUACGCACACUGGGGAUUCUAUCUCCUGAAAGGUUCUAAAGCCGUCGUGGUUUCAUCCGGGAGUAAACUUAUAUCAGCAUUCAUCAUAAAAGGAAGCUCCAAUCUUCAGGCGUGGAUUGACAACAAAGGAAGCUGUGAUGGAUGUUACCUUGCAUCUCAUAUCACCUCCCCAGCCUUCACCUACACGCUGAACGUUUCACAGAGUGACGAUUACUAUUUCAUGUAUUACUCCACUUCAAACAACUUCAUUUACUUGGACGCCUAUGUGUACAUAACUCGGACACUCUAUGACGUCAGUUCUGCCACAUCCCACUGUUUUUACCGUCCUAACGACAAGCCAUGUUCAUUGGACAUUUCACUCAGCCCUCACAUGAACGUGGUGUACCACAAUGGAGAUAAUGGUCCGUAUGGCAGAAUCGACAUGUGGUCCACGUGCAAAAGUCGAGUUUGGAUGUACGUGAUUGUGUUUGCCCUGAUCCCCGCGCUGAUGGCGGCAGGUGUCACCAUCCUGUUCUGGAAGUAUUGCAAGGAUGCCAGGUCCCAGGAGAGUUUCCCCUCAAUAUUCCAGAUACAUGGCGGCGGUAAGUAAAUAAUCCAGCCUGGGUCACACAAUCCUAGUGAUCAACAACAUCAGCAUAUAUCUACGCAAUUGGGAUACGAUGACAUGUGUCAACCAAGUCAUCGAGCCUGACCCCUGAUCCCGUUAGUCGCCUCAGGAAAAGCAUGGGCUGCUGACCACCAAUUGAGAAACGAAUGUUCACGGGAAACUAUAUACGUCUUAAGAAACUAAUGACGUGAUAUGGGAGAAUCGGAUGGUCCUCAACUUCCUACGACGGACGGACAGUCAGUUUUUUUCAGUAAAAGGCCAAAGACAAAUAAUACUGGCAAUUUUAAAUUUAUAUAUACAUUCACUUUCUCUUAAC